AUGUCCAAUGGCCCUACCCCUAAAUAUGCCCCUGGCCAUCCUCCAGUUCUCCAACAGUUAUCGGAAAAUGUAACCAAACCAAACCAACGACUACUAUUCGACUACCAAUCAACUAAUAACCAUGAUCCAGGGUCCCGAUUCACCGCCAUGUCAUUAGGCCCUACCAGAUCUUACGAAUUAUCAACUACCAAACCAACAACACAGAAUCAUCCAACUGAACCAAUCUACCAACUACUACGUCUCAUCAACUACCUAGUUUGCAAUAUCAGCAAUGAUUGGAAGCGAACGUUAACUUGUCAUCUACUAACAACUACCUAG